CAUGGUAAUUUGAUUGCAUGAUAAUAUUAGUUUGGAAUUUUCAAUUUCUCAACAAUGAUAAUGAUUUUGUUGCUUAUUAUAUGCACUUCAACUUAUAUCAGACAAAUGAAACCUGAUUUAAUUAAUUCACAUAGACAUGGAUUUAGAGGAUUCUUUAGAAGAAGUGCAGUAAUUGGAGUAUUUUAACAAUAUCAUAAUAUCUAGGAUAGAUUGUCACCAUUAGUAUCAGGUUUAUGUUUUAUUAUGGGUGCUUAUGUGUUGUUAAUACGAUGAUU